AAACAUUCACCAUUCUAUAAACAACACGACGACGACGCUGAAAUGACGGCGACGACGAUGUAGCCAUAUACACAAGGACCAGAAACGGCGCUGUGCUGCAGCAAUCACAGUGUGCGGUGCGGUAUACAUACUGCAAUCCAAAUAGUCUCUCGCUUUCGCCGACGCCGCUCGCCGUCGUCGUCAGUGGGACUAGGCCUACUGCGGUGGUAUUGACUUUAAAAGUGUGACGUUCUGCCUGAAGCGACCAGCAAACAGUGCUUGAUAGUGUCUCCGAGUAAAGGUGGUUUGCCUGACGGACUAACCGACUGAUAGCGGCAGCGAUUAUUAAACUAAGCAAUGACUGCGAAUAUAAGUGACGAAGAGGAGCUCAAGAUGUCUAGAUUGCUGAAGUUAGCUCAGAAAUUCAACUGUUUCUACCUUAAUGGCCUAGCAAAGGGCGAGUGUCGACCAUUCGUCAUCGAUGGACAACAAGUAGGACUGAUUAGCCAGAAUGUCAUGGAACAAUUGUUGAAGUAUCCAGAGGUAUUCUGUAUUAAAGAUGCUGAACAGGGUAAACAGAACAUCGUCGAGUUGAACCCGGCGUUCCGCGACUACACCGAACGCUCGGAACAGGUCGACCGAAUACUGCAAGAAUUCCGAUCUCAGGGUAUAUUCGUCGCUCUCAAAGGAUGGCGCAACGAAUGCUUCGAAGUGCGCAGCGUGUUCGGUUCGCUCAUGAAAAUGGAACGAUCGGCCACGUCAAUGUUCGGAGUGCGCAACUUUGGCGUAACGAUCAACGGGUACAUCCAGCAUCCACUGAAGGGGCUGUGCAUUUGGCUGCAGCAACGGGCCGACACCAAGCAGACAUGGCCCGGCAAGUGGGACAACAUGGUUAGCGGAGGCCUUUCCGUAGGUCAUGGUAUCUACGAGACGGCCGUCAAGGAAGCCGCCGAGGAGGCAUCCAUUCCGGAGCAUCUGCUGAACAAUCUCGUCUCGGCCGGCUGUGUAUCGUUUUUCUUCGAGAGCGAACGGGGCCUGUUCCCCAAUACGGAAUUCGUGUACGAUCUGGAACUGCCAGAAGACUUCGUGCCUGUGAACAGCGACGGAGAGGUACAAGACUUUCAAAUGCUGCCAGCGGAUGAGUGCCUGGAGAGGAUAUACGCGCCGGAUUUCAAGACCACCAGCUGCCCGGUUGUGGUCGACUUUAUGAUCCGCCAUGGAAUUAUUACGCCGGAGAAUGAGAAAAAUUUCACUCAGAUCGUUGAGCUCCUGCACGUGCCGCUACAAUCGCUCUACAACUAUCGGACGCCACCCCAAACAAACGGCCUCAACAGUAGCAACGGAUUCAAGAAUGGUCGUAUCUAAACGGAUCGAUCGCGCAGUGAAGUGAAAUAGAUUAGCCCAAAAGGAUAAACUUCUAGGCGGAAUAUAUCCUGGAACGAUAGAUACAGGUUUUUACGGAAAUUGAUUGCAGUUAGGCUAUUUACAUUUAAAAUUAUUAUUAUUAUAUAUACAUUACACUCAUAUAUGCUACGUAGGUGUUCUUGUCUUGUCGUUUUCAAAAAGCAAAUCAAUCUACUAAAUCUAUAUAAUCUAUUAUUACUCUACACUAGGAGCCUCAGAAACCAAUUGAAUCUUGCAAGUUACAAUCUUACCUUCGGAUUUGUUUCGAUUCGUUCCGCGCGGCGGGUGUCGCCUGUUCUCGACGACACCCAGCAAGACAACCAACAGUGAACGAAGAUAUUUUCAUGUACGUAGACUAAAUAAAUGUAGAUUCUGUUUCUAUUUUCAUGUUUACUCUAUUUACAAGCGGCUAAGAACUCUUUUAACAAGUCUGUAUUUGCUGAUUUUUAAAAACUCUAUUUAUAUCUAUCUAUUAAGCAAAUGCGAAAAUGUUACAAAACAAAUGGUAUUAACUUCCGCUUGCGACGUUCGUCUUCUCCUUGAGAACUGUUUAAAACCCCAUUUAGUAAAUGCGUGAUUCAGAAUCGCCAUCCAAAGUAUACAAACAUUUAUCAUUAAGCUUGGUAGCAGUACGUUUGUAAGAGAUUUUAUAGUUUAGGACAAGUUUAGGAUUCAGUUCGAUUGUUGAUAAAAGCAGUGCUUGAAAAACAAAUUAUAUUUAUUUAUUUAUUUUAAAAAGCGCAUAGUGUUGGUGGAAUAAGUCUUAACAUAUUUCGUUUAAAAAACGAAAGAGAGUUCUCAAUAACUGAUCUAAGCAUAUGUGUUCCGAAAUGAUUAUUUUCUUCUCCGCAGCACCAUAACACAAGAAUGUUAUCAGAUUACAGCAAUGGAUAACUUUGCAAUAAUAAUAAAGGUAGCACGACAAAACGUUUGUAAUUUCAUAGUUUUGUGGUGAUUUUAACUCACCUGCACACGCGUUGACAUGAUUUUUACCGAAAAUAUACUAGACAUGUUCUUCAACUGAA